GAUCGAUGUGAUGAAGGCAAGAUCGGACUCCGAUGCUCCAAGCGAUGAAGUCACUGAACUUGAGAGCGCUCUUUUUUAGCCUGAUCGGAACCCUGUUGUUUCACUUGAUCUCCCUAUUUUUUCACUUGAUCAGAAUCCCCUUUCCUUACUUCGAGGAGGCUCUCUUCGGCCUCGGAGCUCACUUCAAGCAUCGUCCGCCCCCGUUGUUUCACUUGAUCAGAAUCCCCUUUUCUUACUUCGAGGAGGCUCUCUUCCGCCUCGGAGCUCACUUCAAGCAUCGUCCGCCCCCGUUGUUUCACUUGAUCAGAAUCCCCUUUUCUUACUUCGAGGAGGCUCUUUUCCACCACGGAGCUCACUUCAAGCAUCGUCUGCGGCCCCAGUCCAGCCUUAACUUUGAGCAUUAUAUGGAGAGGAAAGUAACGGCAGUGAAUGAGGCCCUGGACGCCGCGGUCCCCCUGCGUGCCCCUCUAAGGAUCCACGAGGCGAUGCGGUACUCACUGCUUGCGGGCGGGAAGCGCCUGCGCCCCAUCUUCUGCAUUGCUGCCUGCGAGCUCGUGGGCGGGACCCAGUCCAAGGUCAUGCCCAUCGCCUGCGUCCUCGAGAUGAUCCACACUAUGUCCCUCAUCCAGGACGACCUGCCCUGUAUGGACAACGAUGACUUGCGUCGCGGGAAGUCCACUACCCACAAGGUCUACGGGGAAGCAACUGCGAUUUUGGCCUGCGAUGGCCUUAUAGCAUUGGCGAUUGAGCAUGUCACUGUAAAAACGGAAGGUAUUAUGAGCACCGCACAAAUUGUCCAAGCAAUCCGGGAAAUCGCGACUGGAGCUAAGGCCCUCAUUAUGGGCCAAGAGGAAGAUAUAAGAUCCGAAGGGAUGUCCAAUGUGGACCUAAAGCAGCUCGAGUUCAUCCACUUACACAAGACUGCGCCCCUUUUUGAGGCCUCAGUUGUGCUCGGGGCGAUCAUGGGAGGCGGGUCCACCAAGGAGAUUGAGAAAUUGAGAAAGUUCGGAAGGAUUGCCGGGUUGCUGUUCCAGGUGGUGGACGACAUCUUAGACGUGACGAAGUCAACCCCGGAGCUGGGAAAAACUGCGGGGAAGGACGUAAUGGCUGAGAAAGUCACCUACCCAAAAUUGUUAGGGAUUGAUAAGUCCAGGGAGUAUGCCGAGGAGUUGGUUCAGGACGCACUGGGACAGUUGACGGGGUUCGAUCCUGUUAGGGCAGCUCCACUGGUCAGUCUAAUAAAUUAUGCCGCCUAUAGGCAGAGCUGAUGUAUUGUAUCAUCUCAUCGUGUCCUCUGUAGGUUCGGUUGAUUGGCAUGCAGGCCGUUGAUUUGUCUGAAAACAACCAGUGGUGCUGGUUACGUUGUUUAGCGCCGAAUCAACUGUAGUAAGAUGCAAAGCUCCUAGUCCUUUGUCAAUAAAUCGUUUGCAGAAUUUGUUCCUCACAAAACCAUUGUGUUCAAUAACUUAUGUAAUGAUCGAACUAUGUAUGACCGAAA